AAACUGGGGGAGGUUGCCGCUUGGUUUGAACGUUUUUCAAGGACUUUUAUUAUAGUUAUCACCGGAAGGAAUUUACUAUCCGAACAUCCGUCUUCCGGUCAUGGGCAACAUGGUUGUGGAGGUGUAGCUGUGUCCAUCUGCUUGCUUAUUCCCUUCUAUUGAAGAGCGUUUGUGUCCAUUUGACAGCUGUAUUUAUAUCAAGUAGUAUAUUUAUCUAGCAGUCCAGCGGUCAAAAUGAAUAUACGCAACGCACGGCCAGAGGAUUUGAUGAACAUGCAGCACUGCAACCUGCUGUGUCUUCCAGAGAACUAUCAGAUGAAGUAUUACUUCUACCACGGCCUGUCCUGGCCACAGCUGUCAUACAUAGCAGAGGAUGAGAACGGAAAGAUAGUGGGAUAUGUUUUAGCAAAAAUGGAUAGUUCACCCAAAAAUGAAAGUCAACCCAUGAUUUGCUCACCCUCAAGCCAUCCUAGGGAGGAGGAUCCUGACGAUGUGCCUCAUGGACACAUUACAUCACUGGCCGUUAAACGCUCUCACAGGCGUCUUGGACUGGCUCAAAAACUAAUGGAUCAAGCCAGCAGAGCCAUGAUUGAGAACUUCAAUGCCAAAUAUGUCUCCCUCCAUGUCAGGAAGAGUAACCGGGCCGCUCUUCACUUGUACUCAAACACACUUAAGUUUCAGAUUAGUGAAGUAGAGCCCAAAUAUUAUGCUGAUGGAGAAGAUGCUUAUGCCAUGAAGAGGAAUCUCACACAGAUGGCAGAUGAGUUGCAGAAACCAGGUGUUCGUCUGUGGGGCUCAGAGGCUCCGGCAUCUCAGGACACAUCUGUGACUGGCCUGGUGGAGAAGCUGACGGUGCAGGAUGGAGAGAAGGAGGGAGAUGGAGACAGCGGAGGAGAGAGUAAAGAAAUGAGUGAGGUCAGCGAGGCCACGGAGAGCACAGACGUCAAAGACUCCUCGUCAGACUCUUAACUCAUAUAUCCGUCUGUUCACACCCAUUAUAUAGGUUUCAAAUUGUUUUACGGUGUUUAUAUGCUCUGAUGGUUUUAUUUUCAGAAUACAGGAAAGUGACCUUGUAAAAGUGGAUCACAAUGAUGAAAUUAAUUGUGAGGAGAUUUGUCAAUAAAAUUGGAGAGUAAACAUA